AUGGACCAGUCUUUACAAAAGGAUGCCCACUGCUCCCGUCUAAAAUUACCCAAAAGUACCAACAACUGCUCUCGUCCGCCUCUAUCGCCGUCUCUCCUGAGCGUGGAUGAGACAGAAGGCAUGGAUGGUGUUCCCCACGAGCAGUCAAAGAAUAGCACUUCUGGCGCUCGAAACACUACUGUUGCACCUCCAUCGUCAUUGAGGUGUAGUCACACGAACGCCGAGGAAACGAGUUGCUAUACGACAAUGACUUCUACCAGCCAGUCCGUGCUGAUUACGCGCUGUCCCACUCGGCCCAAGAGUACUCAGGCUGGGAAAACGAUUGCAAACAGACAAUGUCAGUCUGAGGAAGGUGGUGGAGCGGGGAGCACAGAGCCUAUGGACGUGAGUGAGAUGAUACAGGGCAGGGCCCGUGAGAUGUUUGAAUUGCGUCGACUGAAUGACCGACUAUCGAGUUUCAUUGAAAGGGUGAGUGCUCACCAGUUUACUUCUCAUCAGCCAUUUUCUAACCAAGGCCCAAGCUUUCUGUUGCCCAUUUCGUCCUAUCUGCUGCACAAAGUCUGUGGAAGUUCUUUUUAAAGUUAGGUGUUCGGUCGUUAUUCAGUCCUUAAAAUCAGCUUCUCCACACUCAGUGAUAUAUGAAGGCAGUAAUACCAGGGAGAGCAAGAGAAAGUGACCGGUUAUAAUGACAACUGGUCUCCUCGGGGAGAUAAAAUUUGCAAGCAGACUGACUUAAAAGCGGCCUGAGAAAUGAAAGUACUGAUUUCCAGUUGUCGACAUCAGGCAGCUCAUCCUUUCAAGGACAGAGGUUACAUCUAACUCGCAUAUGUGGGCUCUUACUGACGUAACAGUUAAGUAAUGUAAGUAGUUCCGCCUCAGUAUUAACGGUCGCAAUGGUCCAUCAACUGUGUACUGAUAAAUUACAUGCAAACCAAGCACAUUUCCUUUGAGUAAUCAGCUACAGCGGCAUGUUCAACACCAAACGCUAAGCGCUUGAAACAUGUUUCAACGAACACUGGGGAGUGCUUGCCUAAGCAAUGCGCAUUUUAGUCCCAAACUCGGGUACAAAUUUCAGGUGGCACUAGAAAGGCUGCCAGAACUACUGCUGGCAGCCUUUGUCUAUGACCAACAACUUCGUCCCUGUAGGUUGAGUCUUCAGCAGUAGUACACAAAGACGAAAGUGAGCCCUUCACAUGCAUAGUAUAAGUGACCACCAACUUAAAGUAGCAGUUAAAGAUCUCUAUAGGGCGUUCAGUGCCAGAAAGUUUCAUCAAUGGCGAAGAGCAAAAAAACCUCGACGAAUUUCACAACCCGAUGACAGAAACAAAAGCUUAAACAACAAACUAUCGGCGUUUGUUGCUUUACCGUUCCUUUACCCAUAGUCGCUCUAUAGUGCUGCUAGCUGAGCACGAGUUCCUUGCUUGGUGCUGGGUCUGAUUGGCUGCGGCAACAGUGUUUGCGUGGUAAUUGCACAUGGUGGCUAUUUCACCAUGUUUUGUUGGAUGCAAUUCAAUGACACAUAACAGCCGUCUGGUUCUAAUCUCAGCGUCUACCGGGGACGGAGGCAACUCUCGCCAUAUUUGCGUCACUGAAUCGACAGUGCGCGUGCCCUUCUCUUCUGCAAGUGUGUCGGUACUGUGCCCAGCCGCGUACACAAGCUACAUGUAGAAAAGGUGACACUCGAGGCUAGGGAUGAAACAGAGUCUUUUGCGUAGGCAGACCAGGCUGCAGUCGUAGCAGGCAAGGCGUGAGAUCGAUCCCGAGAAGCUGCUUGUAGAAGUGUUCCUGUGUGUGUGUCGGUGUGACUGUUGCUGAUGACGGGCUUGAGUGAGAAUUCGCAGUCAUGCAAAUAAGGUCCUUGUUUCCAGCGGUCGUAUCUCAACUGGCGUCUGAACCAGCGGGGGCGGCACACACACACACCGUAAGGUGCCCACAUUGCUUCGGGGCCUGUCCCAGUCGGGCAGCGUUGAGUCUGUGUGGGUUUUGGCAACAGCAUGGUUUAUGGCCGGGAUCACUUACUCCGGGAGGGCAUUUGUUCUGAGCAAAAGGGCUGAACAUCAAAGAACGCUGUGGUAUCACAACUCUCGAUCCCCCAUAUUGUCACAAGUUAAAAGGGAACAUUAUUUUUGCCAUUUUUUGAUAAUAGCAAAAUGAGUUUAAUGCCCCUUUGCAGGUAUUGUCAAAAAGGUAUUGCGUUGUCGUGCUUUUACUCCGAUCACUACCUUAAAACAUCUUGAUCAUCCUCGCUAAACAGCCACAACGAGGUCUUUUUAUCUCUUUCUCUGGCACUUGCAAAUAAAUUCCGCCAGUUAUUUUUCUUUAGCACAACUGCUUCCCGGAGUAAAUAACCCCGACCACAAAUCAUACCAUUGCACGAGUUUUUAACUGUUGGCUAAGAUGAAUGUGGUGAGGAGUAAACAGAGUUUACACAGUUUUGGCUAUUAGGCAUGGACUCACAAUCAGUCUGUUUAAAUGCUCGAAUAAAUUACUGCUGCACAAGAAAGGGGAAAUGAGGUCGAUCGCGGCGAAUCCUACCCCAUGGCAAAUCAUCCCAACGCCUAACAUAGUGAGUCUGCAGCGCUUGAACUCAUCAUGACAAAUUAAAUGCUGUGGGAUGGGAAGCUGCCAAUGAAGGCACAACUCAUCCUCCGACAAGGGUCUAUUACGUUGUCCUGGACAUAAAUGUAGGCGAAAUGUGAGCACUGAAAGUAAGGUAAGCCGGAGCGGGAAGCCGAAAUCGGUAGCGGAGUAAGUAGCUGAGAUUGAAACGGAAAAGGCAACCUGAUGUAUGACAAAUCUACGGUAAGACUGAAGGAAGCCUAGAAUCAUCGCAAAGGACCUGGCUGACGGAACACAUGGGACAGCAAUACCCCAAACCUAACCGUAAAUCCAACCGAAUCCUCCAAUGUAAGCAUAAUCCUUAAGGUAAUUACAAACCUAACGUUAACCCUAAAUUUACCACUAAACCUAACCCUAAACCAUCCACAAACUCUAGUCCUAACCCUAAUCCUAACCUUAACCCUGAUCCAAAUUCUAACCCUAUCCUAACAUUAACAGUAGCCCUGCCCUAACCCAAACACUAACCCUAACCAGAACCUUAACCGAAAUCCAAACCCUAAAUCUAACCGGAACCCUCACACUUAACACAAAACCUAAACUCAAUUCUCAGCUUGACACCAAUCCAAACCCUAAAACUAACCCUAACUACAAACCCAAACAUAAGGUUGUCCUUAGCUUUGGCUAUUUACCCACUAACGACUUCAGCAUCGUCCUUCGGCUAACUUCACUUGCAAUGCCUGCAUUGCGCUUAUACUUGGGACCAGGACAGCGCAACCGAUCCCUAACUCUCCUCUUACUUUAUAACUGCACCGGGAAAUAUCGCCCAAAACUGAGCAACUCACGAGAACACCCUUAGGCGAAAAACACAGAAGUUAGAGACUUCAGAGGUUAAUUGCUCGCCAGUUUCUUUACUUCCGAGUAAACAAAGCUUAUUUGAUUCCAGAAUUCGCGUCUAAGUGUCUCCAUACCCCUAAAAGCUGAUUCCUACCUGUCUUAUUUUGACAUCUGGUUCACAAACUGAGGCUCUUUCUUCAACUCCCUUACUCAAGUAAAGCGGAAAAGAUUUUAGUUGCAUGUCUACAAUAAGGAAACUCCUUGAAAUAUAAUGCCCACCUGAAAAUAAGCUGAAGAAACCUAUGGCUAGUCGAAAGUCACUAGAAGAGUAUGUCAGAAGUUUACCAGGCUAUAAAACAUCACGGUUAAAAAUGCAAAAUCCUUUUAUAUUAUCCACUUUAUUGACCUUAGUGCAAUGAGACAACAGGCUUAGACUAGGGACGAUUUUUAGAAUUUGCAACUUUCUUCCGUGACUCCAAAGACCCAAAAGAAAGAGAGUGGUCGCUGGCAUAACAUUGUAAGAAUUUUUAGAUAAGCAACGCGAUUAUUUUGGAAAUUAUCCCAGUUCAUCACCAGUUAUUCCAGACGGGAUAAAUGUCAGGCAAAACUGAAAAUGACAGGGAAAUCAGAAGUGUGCCAAAUGAUUUUUAUGGCGCAAAAUUGCGUGUAACAACGUACGGGGCCAGCAAAGCGACGUGUCAUAAUCUAGGUUUUUUAUAUAUUGCCUGGGUCCCUGGAUUAGCAAAUUGGCUCGAAGAUUCCUAGUAAGUCCUGGUGAUAUUUUUGGAAGAGGACAAUGUUGAUGACAAAAGAGAUUGUUUUAUACUACAGCCUUGGUAGUAAGCCAAAAAAUCUGCCAUAUUUUUACUUAGGCAAGCAAAUUGCAGAAGGUGCGUCAGUAAAAUGAACCGAUACCUCAAAUCACCGACAAGCAAAACCUAAAGCCCGACUUUCAGCGUAAUUCAGCAACCAUAUGUACUCGACUCAACAGACGCCCGGAUAUUUCAUUUAAUUUUGGGAAACUGUCAGUCUUGGUAGACCUGGGAGAAAGCUCAAUAGCAAAAUUAAAAGAGUUUAUGGUAAACGAGUAUACAUAUUUAAAGUUCACCUCAAUUUGCAAAGUCAUUUUUUCAGAUUACAAGGUCUGGAAUCAGGUAACGAAAGUUGAAAUGUACGUCAUGCGUUUAUCUGGUUCGCAAACUGAGGUUCCUUUCUUCAGUCACCUUACACAAGUAAAGCAGAAAAGAUGUUAGCUGUAUGUUUAAAAUCAGGAAACUCCUUGAAGUAUAAUGCCUACCUAAAAAUAAGCUGACGAAACCUGUGGUUAGUCGAAAGUUACUGGAAGAGUAUGUCAGAAGAUAACCAAGCUGUAAAAUACCGCGGUUGCCCUUAGCUUUGGCUAUUUACUCACUAACGGCUUCAUCAUCGUCCUCCGGCUAACUUCACUUGCGAUGCCCGCAUCGUGCUUAUACUUGGGACCAGGACAAUAUAACCCAUUCCUACUGAUCCUCCGCUAGAAUCAGAGUAAUAGGACAAUAUCACCUCCUUAACGGGGCUUUUAUGGCACCUCUUACGUGUUGGAGACACGAGUCCUUGUGGGAAUGAAGGUAGAAGGUGGCAUUUCAAUAGUCUUUUCACAGUCGACGAAACUUGAACAGAACGCCGAGAUAUAGUGAAGAGGGAGAGAGCGAAGUCGUCCAGAUUGGAUCUGGUGACCCGCUGCCUCAAUGUACGUCACUACUCACUACUCAGUGACUAUCGUGCUUGUGUUACACGUAAACGUGACUUGAACCUCGUCGUAAAUUGUGAUCACGUCAGCCAAUAGUUGUCUAGAUAUUGUUUUUCGUCGACAGACCUUUAAAUUUGGGAGGGCAAAGUGAACUGGGUGUCAUGCAGAUAGGCUUCACUACAAACGAACUCACACAUAGGCCACGAGUGUGCCGAUUCUGGGACAAUGGUUCGCAGCACGGCUUGAGGCUCAUAGACCUAUCAAAGAAUGUAGUCGUCGCAACUACGUGAAACUACAAAACCUGUCGGUUCGUUCUGCGGUGAAAUGGAUACUAUUUUCUAGUAGUCCACCAUCCGCCAUACGGGCGGCCAAAUAUGCAGGAGGAAUUACACGGGCUCAAAAGUAUCCGGGGCAUGCGCCGACCAUGCGGAGCCCGAAGAAUUAUAUCAGCGUGGAGUCAACCGGACCUCGUCAUGUUCUUGAGGAAAAGAAAUACAGGGCAAACCCUAUGGUGUAAGUUUCAUUCAGAAAGGAAUAGGAAAACCCGAUUCAGUGCACAGUGAAUUCGAUAGUACACAUACUGCUCACAUUAAAGGCCUGGUCAUUGCCGACUAAAGCCUGCUAACUUGCUGACACAUUGCCAAUGAAGCGAAAUGAGACUUUGGAAAUACGCGAAAUUUUUUUUAUGCUAGUCAAGCAGUGACGAGACGCUGACUGGGGAUUUAUGUGUGAAAGUUAUGCUCCGAAUAGAACUUCCCAAACAGAUGACAAUCAGAGCGGAUUGAACCAGAAUCUAUCCCAAUCACCAGCACUCACAAAGGGUCUCUCUAGUCCAAGCCGCGGUUGAAGAUUCAGUGGAGUAUUCGAAAAAAUGAGGCAUUUCAAAGUAAGCUAGACAUCACCGUAAGUGGACAUGGAUCAGAAGUGCUUUGUACAGUAUUUUUUUAUUACCGAUUGUCCAACUCGUUGCUUUUCCAUUGGAAGCCUGAAUUUGUCAAAGAAGAAUGGUCCGCAUUACUAAAACCCACACCAAGAAUACUUAGAGAUCUAACCGAAAUGUAACCUUACCUAUUGGUCUUUAUAGGUUAGGGUCCUUGAAGCCCAAAACCGCACCUCAGCGAGGGAGGCUUCAACCCUGAGGACAAAUUACACCGCGGACAUUAAUCGCAUGCGCGACGUAUACACCGCCGAGACGGACCAGCUGCGUGGCCAGCUGGCAGCUGCCGAGGAGAAGAAAACAGAAUACGAGGUCCGCCUGAGGCGAGCUGAGGCUGAUCUUGCAGAACUUCAAAAGGAGUGA